UCCUCUGCAGUUAGUUACGUUGACGUACUCCUCUUCUUUUGCUCGCGUUUAUGAUUCAGGGCUUCAGCUUCGAUGUCGCAGGCCUUCUGCUUUCCCCUCCCUCUGCAAACCGCCAUGAAGCCGGGCUAAAUUGGGUGUCCCCAUUCCUCCUGAGCGGUGUCCUAGCCCUGGGAAGGCAGAUGAAGAGUGUGCUGUCGUAACCCUAACUUCUUCCAGAGCUCCUGGUCUGAGGGCUCGACCUUGGCAUUAAAGCUUUUGUGGAGAGCCUUUUAUUUACUUAUUUUUAUAGAGGUCCUGGAGAAAUAAGGGACUUUACUGGAAUAGUGUUUGGGAAAGUAUCAUGGAAGUUCUGCGCCCACAGCUUAUAAGAAUUGGUGGACGGAUUUAUAGGAAGAAUCCCAUUCAAGAACAGACUUACCAACAUGAAGAAGAGGAUGAGGACUUCUAUCAAGGCUUCGUGGAGUGUGCAGAAGAACCCUGUGAUGGCUACGAGGUGGUGCAGACCCAGCAAGGUUUCCAGUGUACCGUGAAGGCCCCCAGCCUGCUCUACAAGCAUAUAGUUGGAAAGAGAGGGGACACUAAGAAGAAACUAGAGGUGGAGACCAAAACUUCUAUUAGUAUUCCUAAACCUGGACAAGAAGGAGAAAUUGUAAUCACUGGCCAGCAUCGAAGUGGUGUAAUUUCAGCCCGAACUCGGAUUGAUGUUCUUUUGCUCACUUUUAGAAGAAAACAGCCCUUCACUCACUUUCUUUCCUUUUUCCUCAAUGAAGUUGAGGUUCAGGAACGAUUCCUGAAGUUCCAGGAGGAAGUACUAGAGAAGUGCUCCAUGGAUCAUGGAGUUGAUAGCACCAUUUUCCAGAAUCCCAAAAAACUUCACCUAACUAUUGGGAUGUUGGUACUUUUAAGUGAGCAAGAGAUCCAGCAGACAUGUGAGAUGCUAAAGCAGUGUAAAGAGGAAUUCAUUGACGACAUUGCUGGGGGCAAACCCCUAGAAGUAGAGAUGGAAGGGAUAGAAUACAUGAACGAUGAUCCUGGCAUGGUGGAUGUUCUUUAUGCCAAAGUUCAUAUGAAAGAUGGCUCCAACAGGCUGCAGGAAUUAGUUGAUCGAGUCCUAGAACGUUUUCAGGCAUCUGGACUAAUAGUGAAAGAGUGGACUAGUGUGAAACUCCAUGCUACCGUCAUGAAUACUCUAUUAAGGAAAGACCCCAAUGCUGAAGGCAGGUACAAUAUCCACACAGCAGAUGGCAAAUAUAUCUUCAAGGAAAGAGAAUCAUUUGAUGGCAGAAACAUCUUAAAGCUGUUUGAGAACUUCUACUUUGGUACCUUAAAGCUCAAUUCAAUCCACAUCUCUCAGCGGUUCUCGGUAGACAGCUUUGGAAACUACGCUUCCUGUGGACAAAUUGACUUCUCCUGAGGUGGAUCUUGGGAAACCCUAGAAAUUGAACAUCUUCACAAGGUGCUGAGGGAAAAUGUCUUCAUUUUAAUUGCCGACGAGGGAUGUGAACUUUUGGAUGGUGACUCCUGGGUGGUUCCCAUGGACUCUGUAGUAUCUCUGAUGGCUGUCCACAGGCAUAAACUGUUGGCCAAGAUGAUUGUGGGCACCUGGAGAACUGUGCAUGUAACCCUUGGCUUUUGCAGGGUCUUCUUUCCAAAGCUCUUCUGUGGAAAUGUACCUCGGAAGCCCGUUGGAGCUCAGAUUUGCAUUAUUUCUUAUAUACUGAUUUUGCCCCAGCCAUUAAAGUCGUUUGUAUUAAUACUUUAAAAGAGAAUUAAAGACAUAUGGUUUCAUUAAUCUCUCCAUCUAGAUAAAAUACCUGUAAUUUUUAGAAGGUGGAUUUUUUUCUCCCUUCCCCUUGUACCCUAAAUUUAGGUGUGUGUGAUAAAAACAAGCAUUUACUGAACACCUACUAUGGGCCAGGCAUUGUGCUAAGUGUAUACAUAUUAUUAUUAUACUUACUAAUGAUAUUAAUAUUAUCAUCACUGGCAACACUAUGAGGGAGGUACUAAUACAGUCCCUGUUUUACAUAUGAGGAAAUUGAGGACGGAUAACUAGCUGAAGGUCACAUAACCAGGCAGUGGAUAGUGUCAGGAUCUGAACCCAGCCAGCCUGGGCUCUUUAACACUGUGCUAAGCUGUGUGGCCCUUAGCAGGGCUAGAGAGAGAACAAGGAAGAUGCCUGGCAGACCAGGGAUGGAGAGGGAGUCACAGCGGUUACGGCUGUUCCACUAUCCCAGGACCAAGCAGGAGGAGGACCACUUUGGAUGCAGGACUCAGCAUGUUUUGCAAAACUGGAUUCGUUAGGAGUGCUCGCUUGUACCCUAAUUUUUAAAAAUUUUAAUUGAUUUUAGAGAGGGAGGAAGGGAGAGAGAGGAAAAAACACACACACAUCAAUUGGUGGCCUCCCAUAUGCACCUCAACUGAGGAUCAAACCUGCAGCCUAGGUAUGUGUCCUGACCAGAAUCAAACCCUAGACAUCCUGGUACACCAGACGACACUCCAACCAACUGAGCCACCCGGCCAGGGCUGUACCCUAAUUUUAAUCACUACCCAGAAUUUCUUACUUAUUGUGGUAGAAAACACGUAACAUAAAACUUACCAUCUUAACCAUUUUUAAGUGUACAUUUCAGUAGUAUUAAAUAUUUCAUGUUGUUGUGAAACAUCUCCAGAACUUCCUCAUCUUGCAAAUCUGAAACUCUGUAUCUAUUAAACAACUCUGU